UUCUCUUUCUCUAUCGACCAGUCUGCGUUUGGCCCUGUCCGAGGAGCUUGCAGCCUUGACUUUCAGGUCGCUGAAGAAGGGGGCUGCCACGGACACAAUUUGCAACUCAACCUUUUUUUUUUUUGUUUUUAACAAAUAGUGUCUUCUAGCUUGUGCGGGGUGCGAUGUUGAGGCUGAUCUUUUUGGUCGCCCUCGCCGGGUUUACCCGGGCCAGUGAUGUGCUCGAUUACACGGAUGAUGACUUCGAAAACAAGAUUGGAGACCACGGACUCGCUCUGGUGGAAUUUUUCGCCCCUUGGUGUGGCCAUUGUAAACGGCUAGCACCCGAGUACGAGGCAGCCGCCACACGCCUGAAAGGCACUGUCUCUCUGGUCAAGGUUGACUGCACAGCCAACAGCAACACAUGCAGCAAAUAUGGUGUCAGUGGCUACCCAACGCUGAAGAUCUUCAGGGACGGAGAGGAAUCUGGUCCCUAUGACGGCCCCAGAACAGCAGAUGGGAUUGUCAGUUUCCUCAAGAAGCAAGCUGGGCCAGCUUCUGUGGAGCUCAAGACGGACGCAGACUUUCAGAAGUUUAUUUCAGACCAAGACGCCAGUGUUGUUGGGUUCUUUGCUGAUGACAAGAGCACAGCACAGACAGAGUACCUGAAGGCCGCCAGUGCCUUGAGGGACAACUACCGCUUUGCCCACACCAACUCUGAGGUUCUCCUCCAGAGCCAUGGCAUUGACGGAGAAGCUGUUGUCUUGUUCCGUCCACCACGACUCAACAACAAAUUUGAAGAAAGCUCCGUCCAGUUCAGCGAGGACAAAUACACCAGCAACAAAAUCAAGAAGUUCAUCCAGGACAACAUCUAUGGAAUCUGCCCCCACAUGACGGACGACAACAAGGACCAGAUCAGGGGGAAAGACCUGCUUGUGGCUUAUUAUGAUGUUGAUUAUGACAAAAAUCCCAAGGGCUCCAACUACUGGAGGAACAGGGUGAUGAAGGUGGCCAAGGGCUUCCUGGAUCAGGGCAAGAAGCUGAACUUUGCCGUGGCCAACAAGAACUCGUUCAGCCACGAUUUGUCUGAGUUCGGCCUGGAUGGCAGCUCAGGAGAAGUGCCUGUGGUGGCCCUCCGCACCGCCAAGGGAGACAAAUACGCCAUGACCGAGGAGUUCUCUCGUGAUGGAAAAGCUCUGGAGCGUUUCCUGCAGGACUACUUUGACGGCAAGUUGAAGCGAUACCUCAAAUCAGAACCCAUCCCAGAAAAUAACGACGGCCCUGUCAAGGUUGUAGUGGCUGAGAACUUCGACUCCAUCGUCAAUGACGACAGCAAAGACGUGCUGAUCGAGUUCUACGCUCCGUGGUGUGGACACUGCAAGAACCUGGAGCCCAAAUUCAACGAGCUAGGAGAGAAGCUUGCUGGUGAUCCCAACGUCGUCAUCGCCAAGAUGGAUGCCACAGCCAACGACGUGCCAUCUCCAUAUGAAGUUAGCGGUUUCCCCACGUUGUACUUUGCACCCGCUGGACGCAAGACGAGCCCAAAGAAAUACGAGGGAGGUCGCGAGGUGAGCGACUUCAUCUCCUACCUGAAGAGAGAGGCCACCAACCCCUUGGUGAUGCAGGAGGAGUCCAAGAAGAAGAAGAAGAAGAAGGACGAUGACAAGUCAGAGCUAUAAAAGCUCACAACAGGAGGAAGAGGAUUGGGGAAAUCCAUGCAAAGAAAGAACUAAAAUCAUAUCCCACUCUCUUAGUGAACUACCGAAUGCUCUGAUGCCAAGUCCAAAAGAUGCGGCGCUCCCCUUUAGGUCCUCGGCUGCUCUGAGGAAACUGUGGAAGGUGGCGAGGUGGUGGCCAGGGCCUGCCUGAUGUUUAAAAACAAAAACAAAUUUUUAGGGAAGAAGGGACAGCUUUUGAAAAUUGAGAUUUUUAUUUCCCCUGGUCUGUCUACCACACCGCAGGCUGAUACACUUUGACACCAGUCUCCAGUCAUGUCGCUUUGGUUUUUGUUGUCGUCGUCACAGGGGAUAAUGGUAAUGGUGAAUUCCUUUUUUUUGUUUGUUUUUGUAACAUGUCUUUGUUUUUGUACAUUUGGAAGGAUUAUGAAAUAAAAAGGCCCACAAAACCAAAAUUAACUGUA